AUCUUAUAGAUCAUCUAUUUCCACUAUCUCUAUACGGAAUCUCUCUAUCAUUCAAAAUGGGUCUUCCUCCCUCCAAACCGCCCCCGGCCCCCUUCAACCCCACCCCCGCACAACUAGAAGCAAUGAACAACGAGUGGAUCGAACCCUACGACGAAGCCACCGCCCCCGCCAACCUGACCUACGCUCUAUACGAGCAAAAGACACGCGGCGAAGGCCAACAGGGGAGCUACUGGUUCGCCCUACCAAGCGGGUACGACGACCCUUCAAACAGGGAGAGACGCUACCCCGUUCUCGUCUGGUUGCACGGGGGUAUGAAGCGGGCAAGUCAGGGCUCCGACGCGGUAGCGAUGUACCUUGACGCCAUGAAGGAGGGGACCAUGCCCGAGACGAUCAUUGUGCUCCCUCAAGCGCUGCCUGUGGGAUGGUACGUGAAUUCGAUUGAUGGGAAGUUCCCCAUCGAGAAGAUCCUGAUACAAGAUUUCCUACCCCAUGUGGAUGGGAAGUUCCGUACGACCGGCAGGAGAGGCGCUGAAGGGUUCUCGAUGGGCGGGUACGGCGCGGCGCAUCUGGCGCUCACGUACCCCCAUCUCUUUGCUGCUUCGUCGUCUGUGGCGCCGGCGUUGAUGCUUAAGCUGGCGGACGAGCCGCGCGAGAGAGUCUGGGACACCUUCCGUGAUGACCAGGGGUACUACGAGAAGAAUCAUCCCUUGACGCUGAUUAAAGAGCAGAAGGAGGCUCUUCGCUCUUCGCAGCUGAGUGUUCGGCUGCUUUCCGGGGGGGAUAACCCGGCGCUCAUCGAGGUGUUUGACCUGAUGAGUCGGGAGCUGACGGACGCAAAUAUCAAGCAUAUCGCAAGGCAUUUCGAGGAGGCCGGCCAUGAGUAUGAGCGUAUCCUUGCGGGCUUGGGAGAUGGUGCUUAUACUUUUUGGAGAGAUGCGUUUCAGGUUUAACAGUGUUCCUAGUUAGUACUUAGAUUCUGAUAGACAAUUCUUGGAGUACUAUACUCUGCAUAUCCGAAUCUAUUGUAGAU